AUGGUCAAGUAUUCUACCGAACCCAAAAAUCCGAUAAAGAGCGUCAAGUCUUUCGGUGCUUACAUACGAGUACAUUACAAAAAUACGUAUGAAACGGCAAGAGCCAUCAGGAAGAUGAAGUUGCUCGAAGCAAAACAGUAUCUAGACGAUGUGAUUGAUCAUAAGAGAUGUGUUCCCUUCCGCAAAUACAAUGGUGGUGUCGGCAGAUGCGCUCAGGCAAAAGCCUUUAAACAUACCCAAGGCAGAUGGCCUGAGAAAUCCUGCAAGGCCAUUAAACAGCUGUUAAAUAACCUUGAAUCCAAUGCAGAGGUAAAAGGAUUGGAUGUGGAAAACCUGGUCCUGGAACAUGUGCAGGUCAACAAGGCGCCUCUCGGACGAAGGAGGUCGUUUAGGGCACAUGGUAGGAUCAUUCCCUACCUUUCUCAUCCGUGCCACAUCGAGCUUAUCGCCACGGAAGUUGAAAAGCACGUGCCAAAGCCAUCAAUCGUCACUGGAAAGAUUAUCAAAUUAGGCAAGAAACAACUUUCCAAACUGAAGCUGCGUUCUGGCGCUGCAUUAGUACCCAAAAACGUCUAA